GGGAAAAUCACGAAAAAUAUGAUCUUUUCUGAAAUCGUGCAUGCAGUUUUGAACCUCUACAGUCAAAUGUGUUGAGGGGGCGAUGGUUGUUUCCUCUGCGUGUGAUCUUUGUUACCGCUCUUCUUCUUUGCACCAUGACAGGUUUCGGGCUGGCUAAAGGAUGGAGCCAAGCCAGAAUUGCGGGAGCAUCAGGAAGAGGCCUGCGGAGCAGGCGAUGAAUGAUGGUGAUAUCGACAGGAUAUAUAGAUUCACCAUAUUGUUGCCUAAUGGGACUACCCUGGGAAUCGCGUUAAGGGAACCCAACCCGACGAUGGCCUCCGGAGAUUUCAUGCUGAUGGCCAAAGAAAGGUACAAUCGAGCCAAAGCGCAAGAUCCAUCGCUAAGGUCCAAGCGUCCCAUCGCAUGGGAGAGUAAUGAGUUGCAUCUCGAAGAUGCAAAUGGCAACCGGAUCAAAAGUCGAAUUAUUUUCGACAACUUUAAGCCUCACAAGCGCCACAUCUUGCGUUUUCACGAUGGCUCUGGCAACACAACUGAUACUUUUGAGAAUAUGUGGGAUUUAACGCCUGACACGGAAUUGUUGAAGGAGCUACCUGAAGAAUAUACUUUUGAAACUGCUCUUGCAGAUUUGAUAGAUAAUUCCUUGCAAGCUGUAUGGGCUAAUCCCCUGAAAUCUAAAAGAUUGAUUAGCUUGGAUAUAUCUGAUGAAAAGAUCUCCAUCUUUGACACUGGCCCUGGAAUGGAUGACAGUGAUGAGAACUCUAUAGCAAAGUGGGGAAAGAUGGGUGCCUCACUUCACAGAAAGUACAGAGUUAAGGCAGUAGGUGGAAAACCUCCGUAUCUAAUGCCUUUCUUUGGCUUGUUUGGAUUUGGAGGACCAAUUGCCUCUAUGCAUUUGGGAAGGCAUGCCAUGGUUUCUUCCAAGACUAUGCAAUCUAAAAGAGUAUACAUGUUACAUCUGAAGAGAGAAGCUCUAUUGAGCAGAUCUGGUUCUCAACACUCUUGGAAAACUGAUGGUGGCGUCAGGGUUCCUUUAGAAAAUGAAAGCGCAAGAGCACCUCAAGGAAGCUUCACGAAGGUUGAGAUUUUCAAGCCUAGAAUGAAAAACGUGAAUCUAUAUCAACUCUCGUGCAAGCUGAAGGACAUCUAUUUCCCAUACGUUCAGGGUGAUGGUUUGUGGAAUUUGAGGAGGACUAUCAGACCAGUCCAUUUCGAGGUUAAUGGUAUUGAUUUAGCUGAAAUUGAAGGAGGGGAGGUUGCAAUUACCAACUUGCAUUCAUGCAAUGGUCCUGAUUUUAUAAUUCAAGUUCAUUUUUCGAUCACAGAGGACACUGACGCAAAUAGAAUACUCGGUUCCACAGCAAUUCACGAGGCUAAUGCUUGCCUGAAGUGUGUCUACUUUCCUGUUGUUCAGGUAUGGCAGUAUAUUCUUAUAGUUUCUUUUCUUUUCAGUUUCCUGCGGAGGAAGUUCUUAAUAUAA